AUGGGUGGAUUUCGUGCGGUCGAGGAUCGACCAACGCCGAAGGAGGUGUACAAUUGGCGCCUCUAUACAGAGUCUUUCAUCAUUGCGAUGGGCUCUUUGCUCUUCGGAUAUGACUCCGCUUUCAUUGGAACAACCAUUGCGCGCAAGAGCUUCGUCUAUGAAUUCGGCAUCACAUCGUUGACAUCCAAGGAGAUAUCUUCCAAUAUUACUUCAGCCUUCCAAGCCGGCGCAUUAGGGGGCGCGCUUAUGUGUUUCUUCAUCACGGAGUAUGUUGGUCGCAAGUGGGCACUCAUCAUUAGCAACAUUGUGUUUCUUGCUGGUGCUAUCCCCAUGGUCGCUGCCACGAACGACCUCGCAUACAUGUAUGCUGGCAGAGCACUCACCGGCUGGGGCUGUGGUGUGAUCACAGCCACGGUACCUUCCUACAUUGCCGAGCUAUCGGUCCCUUCAAUCCGAGGUAUUCUUACAGGUCUUUUUGAGGUCACGUACCAGACAGGAUCUUUGAUCGGCUUCUGGAUCAACUAUGGCAUCAAUCAAAACAUGACUAUUAACUACUACUCUCCCAUGCUCUUCGGUUCCAUUGGCAUCAGUGAUGUGGCCCUAUACACGGGCAUCUAUGGUCUGGUCAAGGCCGUCGCUUCCAUCAUCUUUUACGGUGCACUUAUCGAUAUUUGGGGGAGACGGAGACCGACGAUCAUUUCAUCUCUGGCCUGUUCUCUCUGUUUAUGGUUCGUCGGUGCCUACGUCAAGGUCGGUAAUCCGGCACCCAUUAUCGUCGCCGGAGGAAAGCUUUCCGCCUCGACGGAAGCUGGCGGCCGCGCCGCUACCGCCGCCAUCAUGAUCUACUCAGUAUUCUGGUCUUUCGGUUUAAAUGGUAUCCCAUGGAUCGUCUCGGCAGAGAUCUUUCCCGGUGCUCUCCGCAAUUUGACUGGAACCUUUGCCGCUUUCACCCAGUGGCUGAUCCAGUUCAUCAUCACAAAAGCUCUUCCGUACAUCUUCAGUAGUCUCGAUUAUGGCGUUUGGUUCUUUUUCGCAUGCUGGAUGCUCACAGCUACCAUCUGGGCAUUCUUCUUUCUGCCCGAAACGAAGGGUGUCACAAUCGACCAGAUGGAUGUUUUAUUUCUGAUUGUCUGCGACUCAAGAUACAAAGCGAGCAAGAUGACUCUUUGGGACUGUAUUGUAGUCGAAGGCGGCAUCGCCGGUUCCGUGGUAUCAAACAGGUUGCUUCAACAGGACCCAAUCCUCAGAAUCCUGCUCGUUGAAGCUGGCACCAACACCCAUGCCGUCGAGAACAUCGAAUGGAUUGACAUGAAAAAUGCCAUCGGCGGCGAAUACGACUGGGGGUUCUCCUCUGUUCUCUCCUCUGUUCCACAAACCCAUCUUGACAACCGGGAGAUUGUAUCGCCCGUCGGUAAGGGACUCGGAGGUGGUAGCAUUAUUUAUGGAGCCCGCGGUCACAAGGUUGACUAUGGCAUCUGGGCCGAGAGAGUUGGCGACCAAAGAUGGAGUUACGAAGGUCAACUUCCGUACAUGAAGAAGACUGAGUCGCUUUUUGACAACUUCACCAACCCCCUUUCUCACGGGCACACUGGCCCUGUCAAGGUUCAGUCACCAGGAUCCACCGGUCGCGUUUUCCCUCUCCGCGAACCCCUACUCGAGUCUUGGAAAGAGCUUGGAAUCGAUGCACUCCCUCAACUGGACAACAAUGCCGGAAACAACCUUGGUGUUGCAGACCUUCAGGAGAACAGGAACCAAGGAAAACGCCAACUUGCUUCGCUCGUUUACUCCCUCAAAGGUAUCACGGUUCUGACCGAUAGCUUGGUCGCCAAAGUCCUGAUGGAGAAACAUCCAAAGGAUGGUCAUCUCGUCGCUCGUGGAAUUAGGCUUGAGAACGGGACCGAUCUUUUGGGACGAGAGACCAUUCUGUCUGCUGGCGCGUACCGCACGCCGCAGAUCCUGAUGCUUUCAGGCAUCGGUCCCGCGGAUACCUUGGAGAAGUUUGGUAUCCCCGUCCUUCUGGAUCAACCAGCGAUUGGCCGGAACUUCCACGAUCACGUUCUGAUCCCUACGAUCUGGCAACUGAAGAACGCAUCAGCAGGAUACACCAAGGAGUCCGGCAAUCCCGUUUUCAACCAGUCUCAAUACGCACUAGGGGCUUUCAUCGAUUUCAUGACGGUCACUUCUCUCGAGAAAGAAGGUCUAGCUAUUGCCAUUGCCGAAGACGAGGGAUCGGUCCCGGAUCCCGCUGUACAUCCGUUGCUGAAGCAAGAUCGCGCUCAUUCAUCACACUUGCUUCAGUACUCGGGGGUUUCCGCGGAUGGUUCAGCCAUCUUGAUGAUUUCGGUUGUCUUUAUCAACUCUGCCCGAGGUUCUAUCACUAUCCAAUCCUCCGAUAUCAAGGAUGCACCACUCAUCGAUCCCAACUUCUUGGGUACUAACGUCGACCGCUAUGCUGCUAGGGAGACCAUCAGACGCAACAUCAAGUUGCUGACUUCUGAUGAAACGAUUAUAGGAAGAGAGGUGGUGGCGGGCGAGCUGGCGGCAGAGCCAUUGACACUGAACUCCACAGACGAGCAGAUCGAUGCCCGGGUGCGCGAGAUGGCAGGGGGAUGCUACCAUCCUGCAGGCACAGCCUCCAUGGGUACUGUUGUGGAUACAGACUUGCGCGUGAUUGGGGUUUCGGGUCUUCGUGUUGUUGAUACUUCAGUGUUCCCUGUCUCCGUUUCGGCCAACCUACAAGUGGCUAUCUACGCUCUAGCAGAGCAAGCUGCUGAGAUCAUUGGGUCAACGAUGAAGAAGUGCUAA